CACUGGUCUUUUGCGGCACCCCCUCCACCCGCCACCUAUCCUAUCCACAUGCAUCGCUGUCGUUCGCCUCCUAAUCUCAAAAAAUCAGUCGCUCAUUGGACAGCUUCGUAGCUAGUCGCUUAUCACGGAGAGCGUCCGCGAAUGUUUUGUACAAUUUGUUUCAAACAAUAGAUUGUAAACAACGCUGCCGUUUGAUGAAAGUUUAGUUGGUAGAAUCAAAUCAGGACGCGUUUAGUGAGUGAGUUCUGUUGGAUUUUAGCUUCGACGUGUUCGUUCAUGUGGCUGUUGUGUGUGUUUGCCGUUCUUUGUCCUGGCACCAGCUGAUAAGUUCCACAGCCGCUCCUGCUAUGUUGAUUAACCUGUUUCUACCCUGCUGACAGGAUGGACAGAAAUCUAGUGGACCUGAUAGACCUGGGAGAGCCGCCUCCUCUGACGGCACUCGGCGACGAUGUCAACCUUAUCGACGCCAUCCUCACGGGGAUGCUGGAGUGCGCCUCUCCCUCCUCCCCGUCGCCGGGAGGAGGAGUUGAGGAGGUGACCUUCCGAGAGGAGGAGGAUGACAGCAUCCAGGAGCUGGUGGACCAAAGUAUGCAGACUGACAUCACCUACGCCCUUGACGAAACAGACUGUCCAGAUUUCGAGUCCUGUUUACAGGACACCUCAUUGCCCGGAUUCGAAGAUAACUUUUUGUCGCUGCCCAUAGAGUUGCCUUCUGAUCUUGAUGUGCAUGAUUGCGCCAUCGGUAUAAGUGCAUCGUGUCAGGAAGGCCGUAAUGACGUCACAGCCGCAGUGACAAACGACGAGCCGCCGGGGGCGGUGGGAGGCGUGCACAGGCGCAGUGCGAGCAUGGAGGCGGCAGUGGGGGUGGCAGAAAGCGCCUCCAGAAGACGGUCUUCCAGUGCGAGCGCGACCGCCGUGAUGAGCGAUGCAGCGGCCAAGUGCAGUCCGAGUGCAUCUUCGCAGGAUGCGGCUGCAGUGUUGGAUGCAGCUGCGGUGCCCGAUGCAGUUCGCAGCUCUAGUCCGACCGCCGAUUGGCUGCGUGUGUCGAUGCGACGCGUCCGUCAUUUUCGGCUGCUGGAUCCUCACCAGCCGUCUGCGCCGCCGAUGGACUGUGAGUCUGUGGAAGACGUGCGCCCCUCGUCGGCGCCUAUGGACCGGCCACGCCAGGUGGGCCGAGCCGCGCUGCGCCGUCCCCAUAACAGCGCCAACUCGACGCCCCAGCAUCGGCCGGCCCACCAGGCGCCCGCCAUCCACAUCACUCCUUCGUCGCCCGAGGUGAACCAUCAGCACAACUGGCAACAGCACCACCUCAGCUCCGACACCAGCGACACCGAGAGUCUGCCGCCUCCCGCCGCUACCCCGCCACUCUCUGCACACCACAGCACUGUCAGGUCGUACGAGAUGCCGCAAGAUGCUUCGAGUCCGCUGGGUCAGUGGUCGCACGGUCUCAGUCCGGUGCUGGCCUGCCUUGGCUGUACGCUCGGACUCUUCAACAUCUCCAGAUUUGCCAUCUAUAGUAUGCAGUAUGGAGCUAAUUACAUAAUCCAAUUUAUUGUGAUGUCUCUGCUACUGGGAAUUCCUCUAUUCACUUUCCACUUAUCGUUAGGUCAGCUGUUAGCUUCAGGGACAAUGGAUAUGUGGAAAAUUUCUCCUAUAUUCCAGGGAAUUGGAAUAGCUAUUCUCACAUCACACGCUUUGAUAGGUAUUUAUAGUAUUAUUGGAGUCUCGUGGAUGUUCGUUUACUUCCGUGAUUCGUUCAUCACAAAACAAGACAUGUAUGGAUGGGCCGAGCCUCAUGUCUAUUACAAAGAUAGUUUUCGUCCAAUAAUUUUCAACUCAACAAACAUAAAGUUGGAAGAGACAGUUCCAGAUUAUUUCAAUGGGGUUGUGCUUCAAAGACAGAACUUGGAAACUCCAGCUGGCUCGCCGGGCCACUUGAAGUUCCAAGUCACCUUCAACUUAGUUGUUAUAUGGAUGAUUAUUUUCAUCUGCUUGAGCAAAGGUUUAAAAUCCUACGGGAAAGUAGUCUACAUUUUCUCCUUAGUUCCGGUCUUCGGAAUGUUCGUAUUAUGUUCGAAAUUAUUAGGGCUGAUGCCAAUCAAUAGGUUAGAAAUAGCGUUUCCUCAGACAGACUGGAGUGAAUUUUUCCUAAAUACGAAGAGCUGGAUGGCAGCGAGCAGCGAGGCUUUCUUCACAUGGGGCGUGCUGGGAGCGGCAGCCAUGCAGAUCACGUCGCACAACCGCCCCAAGCACCUGCUGCAUCGGGACACCGCCCUCGUCAUAGUGCUCACCCUGGCCGUGCUCCUCCUCGCCGCCUUCCUCGCCAACAUGUGUUCGCAGCUCCUGUUCGUGCGCGGCUUCCUAUAUGUUCCUAGUUCUUUCGAACGCAUGUCAACUUACGGCUUCCUGCAGCCGAUCAAACCGCAGCCUCCACACUCGAGCAUCCCGGUGCGGUGGAUGACGCACGUGCCUUUCCUGGUGGGCGACCGCGUGCUCAAGCACGGCUCCUAUCAGAGCGGCUACCAGGUGCUGCGACUGGCCACCGAACUCGUGCCCGCUACGCUCGCCGUCGUCGGCCCCCACCGCCUCUCGCCCUUCUGGUCCGUCCUCUUCUACUUCGUGCUCAUACUAUUCGGCAUCGCUCAACAGUUGGCGAUAUGGCAUUGCCUCAUCACUGGUAUUAUGGCGAUCAAUGUGAAAUAUUUAAAACUAUGGGAAACGACAAUCACAUUCUUCACAUGUCUUUGUGGUUUCAUUCUUGGUCUUCCAAUGGCAACUGAGUUGGGCAUAUUCGUGGUGUACUUCAUUGACUACGUGGUGGGUGGUGGCUGGUGGAUGAUGCUGCUCUACGUGGUGGAGCUGACGGCGGUGUUCAUGGUGCGCGGUCGCCCAUACAGUGGCGAGACCAUCGUGGCGACGCUAUUCUCCCGCGCCGGCUCAUUCAUGCAGUGCUGGGUGGCGCCACUUCUCGCUUUCACCUGGAACGUCAUUCUUCCAACACUGCUCUUGGUGAUGUGCAUAACGUUCUUCAAGAAUGGCCAGUUUCGUUACUUUUUCAAGUGGUCGAUACCAAAUACAUACGAGUAUUGGCCGGACUGGGCUAGACAACUGGGGGCCAUGUUUCAAAUAAUUCCAUUAUUCACCAUACCCUUCAUCGCCAUCAUUCAAGCAUGCAGAUAUUUAUCAACAGGUCCUCCAGACAUUUUUGAUCGAAUCCAACUGCUGUAUCGUCCUCAGCUGCAUACGGGGUCCGACUUCCGUGAUGUGGAGAUUUCGGCGCCGCAGCCCACCUCUGAUCCGGAUUCGGCCAAUCAGAACGCAGACGCCAUCCAGGAUCCACCACCAAAGUACACUCCACCUCCCUCUUAUUCUACUGCCACUGGUGCUAGAAUCGCCAAGCUGUUCCGACAGAGCUUUCGUAGAAGCAUGCGCCGGAUACAACACGCAUUCAACAGCAACGAAGAGACAAGUUCGCCCUCCACUCUGGACAGGGUACAGGUGCAGUCAGUGCCUCCCCCUCCCGAAUACUCGGCCGUGCUAGUCGAGAUCAACAGGAGCAGCUCAGCCGGAGGAGGAGGAGGGGGUGCCUCCUCAGAAACAGCACCUCCUCAAAUGGCUAGUAGUGAGAUGACCGCCUGUGAGGUGGCGACCAUUUUGAGGAGUAGCUUCAGGCGAGCCGUGAGGGACAGCGCGAGCUCUGAGCAACUGGUUGAUGCCGCUCUGCCCAUCAGUAGGGAUCUGGUGAUCGCUGGUGCCCCACAUAAACCAAACAACCAACCAUGAGUGUUUGUCGGUCCACAUAAACCCAACAACCAACCAUGAGUGUUUGUCGGUUCACAUAAACCCAACAACCAACCAUGAGUGUUUGUCGGUCCACAUAAACCAAACAACCAACCAUGAGUGUUUGUUGGUCUACAUAAACCCAACAACCAACUAUGAGUGUUUGUUGGUCCACAUAAACCCAACAAACAACCAUGAGUGUUUGUCGGUCCACAUAAACCCAACAACCAACCAUGAGUGUUUUUCGGUCCACAUAAACCCAACAAUCAACUAUGAGUGUUUGUCGGUCCACAUAAACCUAACUAGCAACCAUGAGUGGUGAGCCACUGCCCCUAGACCAUUAAUAAGUUGACUUGUAAUUUCACUUGACAUGCCGACCUUCAUAAUAAUAUUGAUAUACCACAGUGUACUAUACUGAUAGUUUUAAAUUACAAAUUGCCUUAAAUUUUUCAACCACGUCUUGAAGUCUCUGAGAGGUUGUGUAAGACAGUACGGUUUACAAUAUUAUCAUUAUACAUUCGCAUAAAUACAGACUGACACAGAUAAAACCUGAAACAGGGUUUCCUUGCGACAACCUGUACAAUAGUCAAAGUCAUCACAAACCUAGCGACGCGUAGCUAAAAAUACGUCUUUGGGUAACGUAGCCGUCCUCUCUCCCAAUACAACACAGAAGUACUCUAUUUUCAAUAAUCCACGCCACGCAAUCUGUCCCGUUGACACCAGCGUAGCGUAGCUUUCAACAUUAUUUGGAGAUAGGACGGAUACGACUUUCGAAGACUUAAUAUCUUCAUACAUGUAGCUAGUUGUAUGGCGACCUUUAUCACUGUUUAAUUGAGUUUUAAUCUGAAAGAAACUCUUGUAUACUCAACUAUAAAAGUUUCCAUCAAUUGGGCUUUUAUUUUUCAUGGUAACUGUUUAGGAUAAAUGUUCAAAUAAUUCGAUAUUACACCUCUAUUUUCAAUAAUCAAGCACAAUAUAAAACCGUACUCUCUCUAAAGGGCUUUGUUAAGUUAUGUGGUCCAAUCUGUGUAAGUUCUGCCUCAUUUAAAGUCAGCCCUUGUAAAUAAAAUGCAACUAAUCAACUUGAAUAAAUGGUUAUAUAGUUAGAGACCAAAUAUAAAGAGGUUGGUCAGUUCAAAACGUCUGUGAUACAGUCAUGUUUGGAUGCUAUGCUAUGUGUGAAAGGUAAUAUUAGCUUAUCAAAUUUAUUAUAUGAACUCUCAAAAAUUCCGGUUUGUGUUGACUAGUGGAGAAAAUGCCUGAUAAGUUAUUUUUACUAUUUACAUUUUAAACUACUUUUAAAGACCGAGAACCAAUAUUAUUAUUUUAGUUCUGCAUGGAUCUUUUCCAUCUUCUUAAACAGUCCUUCUUUACUUUAGUUUUCUAGAGUAAUAUGCCCCAUUAUCAUAAACUGUAUGUUCUCUGUAAACAAGAAAUAUUAAUUUAUGAGAACUAGUUUGUUUGGACACUUUUACCAACAAUGGACGCAAAGCUGUGGAGAUG